AUGACGUCGUCACUCCAGUUCUGUUUAGAGCAAUACGCCGAGGGCUCAGAACCAACGCUGGAUGAUUCGUAUCGCACGCGAAUGGUGGUUGAUGACCGGCCUUGUGUCCUCGAGAUUAUCGACACAGCGGGACGAGAUGAACAUGCUGCGCUCCGUGAAGACCACAUUCGCAAUGGGGACGCAUUUAUUAUCGCAUACAGUAUCACCUCGCGGGAAUCCUUCUCUCACGUUCGAGCGUACUACGAUAACAUCAAGGAGGUGAAAAAGGUCUUGGCGGAAAAUACUGUACAGCAGCCGCCUUCUGAACACCCUUGUCGCGUGCCUAUCAUCCUAGUGGGUAUGAAGAAAGAUUUGGAAUUCCAGCGUGAAAUCUCAUUCGAGGAAGGACGGAAAUUUGGAGAAUCCCUAGACUGUUGGUUUUAUGAAACAUCGGCUAAGACUGGCUCAGAUUUGAGAGAUGGCACUGCUGAGAAGGUUGUCGCCUGCGGAGAGGGCGAGCGGCACGGACCGCAGCGACAGUCCACUGCUGAAGGAACCACGGAGCCCCUCGGGGCCACGGCUGCUGAACCGCGACGAAGUUCCCUCGUGGUAUGGCCAUAA